AUGCUGGAACCCUUCUUUGCCGCGCCUGUUGACCCGCAGCCGCUGAUAGUCAAGACAAAGCCACGAGCUCGUAGACCAGGUCCUCGCCAACAGGGUCCUAAAAAGUUUGAGUUUGUGUCUUCGGGACCCGUUGGUAAACCUGCGCCCGAGUCCCGAAAGUUCAUCCGUAGCCAUGUAAUGCGCGGCAAGAAUACCAAGAAGACCUUGACAAUACAACCAAAACAAGACGAUUUUGAAGAGAUCCAUCGCCCUGUUACAUUGGCCGUUACAAACUUGACACAAGACUCUUUAUGGACUGUCGGACAUACCCACUCCCGUGGUGACAGAGCUUGGAUUCAGUCACCAUCUCUCAUCGCCCACCUGAUCAAACCUCCUCCUGAUCUAGAACUCUUUACAUUCGCUGCUCCACUUGAUCAAAACUCUCAAUACCUUAUCUACAGAUUUCUGACCACUAUAAAAGAUACGCUCUACCCAGCAGAAUGGUGCGUCGACUCAGAUUACCAAAAAUCAAGCUGGUUCCACUGGCUUUUAGAAGACCCAGCCUAUCUGCACUGCGUCUGCUUCAUGGUCAGCGCCUAUAAAGACCUCAUCACGGCCCGAGGCCGAGGAAAACACAAUGAGGGUUGGGGUGGAGAGUUUUCUCCCUCGACGAGGAACCGGCUGCGACAUACCAUCAAGCUGUUGCAGGAUAGAUUGGAAGAUCCGAAAAAGCAGAUGGAUGAUACUACGACUGCUACUAUUAUAUCUCUAGCCACGAUGGCUGAUGCCAUGGAAGAUGCACAGGCUUUUGAGGCACACUCUAAUGGGCUGAGGCGGAUUGUAGGAAUGAGAGGUGGUUUGCAGGCAUACACACAUAACCGUCAGCUACAGAUCAAACUAUGUCGCGUCGAUCUCGGAUGGUCCAUAAGAAACGGUUGCAAACCCGAAAUUUACGACGGCAGACCAGCAUGGGAACCCCUCCUCGAAGCUUUUGGAACCGUCGCAUGCUCCUUCGAGAUCCAAGAGCCAUCCCUCAACUUUAUGAACAUGUACUACACCUGGGACUGGCGCCUCCAAAACGCCUUUAAAGACCUCCGCGACUUCUCAGCCUUAGCCAACAAACUCUCUCCCGGAGCUCAAAAACUCAAACCCGAAGCCUUUCAAGAAAUCAUGCUCUCGAUUCAAUACAGAUUACUAAAGCUUGACUUUUCCUCCUCUUCAGAUCCGCUGCCAGAAGCACUCCGCAUCGGUCUUUUAGCAUACGAAUCGACUAUGUUUUUACAAAUGCUGGGAACUAAAUUAAAGUCGGAGUCUUUUGAGCUUCAGUUUAGAGAGGCUAUACAGGGGAUACCUGUUCAGGGAGAAGCAGCUGCGAAUGUUAAGCUUUGGCUUUUGCUUGUUGGGUCGAUGAUAAUUUUUGAGGGGAGUGAGGAGUGGCUUGUGCAGUGUAUUCGGAGUUUGGCGGGGAGGCAGGGUUGGGAGGAGGUGAGGGUGCGCGUGAGGGAGGUUAUGUGGAUUGAUGUGGUCCAUGAUGGACCUGGUCGAGAGGCGUAUGAGGCUGCGCAAGUUUGUGGCCAUUGA